AUGGAAAUUUACAAUCUUUUAGUCAAUCAAUACCUUCUUCCUGAAUGUCUUAAUGCUGUGAAAUACCCUGCCUUUUGGGAGAGUACAGACGAGCCUUCACUCAAAAAUUUUUUAGAUUUUCGACUUUCUGCUGGCAAUUUAAAAGACAUGAAAACUGAGCAUAAUCACUACAAUAACGAACUGAAUGAAAUCAGUAAAUUCUACACUGAAGUAUCCGAGUCUGGACAAGAAGUGCUAGGGUGGAAAAAAGCUUUUAAGGCAAGUAAAUUGUACAUACUAUUUUGGAUUAGGAUCAUGAGUACAUCAACUACUCUACAACCCAUCACGCUUGUAGUAGGAAUGACUGCUUGUCUGUUGAUGAGCUAUACUCCACGAACCAUCUUGAAACCCUUCAUACCAUUGAGUACAUCAACUACUCUACAACCCGUCGCGCUUGUAGUAGGAACGACUGCUUGUCUGUUGGUGAGCUAUACUCAAUGGGCUUUGGGAACCAUAGUGCUCGUGAAAGAUAGGAUCUCAAGAGAUACAAACAUUUGUGUUAUGGUAAGUCCAUACAUUAAACCUUUUCUUAAAACUGCUAAGCCUGCUCCUACUUCAAUAACUCCAACUCCUACUGAAAAAUGCCUGAUAAUAAUGAUUCUACCAUUUCAUUUAAAACGCGCGUCACUAAAGUUUCAAAGUGUGCUUAGUGGUAUCAGUCCUGGUGUUGUACAUGCAAUGACAGGAAUGGCAAGUGUAAUGAACGCAAAAGUAAAUUGUUGA